UCCUACCUCUGCUUUCCUCCUGACUGUUUGCUGCUGACUCUACAAGGUCCGUCCCAACACGGAAAUGUUGGAAAGUGCCGCUUUUAGGGAUGUAAAGCGACACUUUAAUUGUCACCACCAGAUGUUGGACGUUCGCUACGCGGCAGACGGACCCUGGAAAUGAAUAUAGAGUUUGACCUCUGUUGCUAGUUUAGCAGCUUUAAUUGAGUCCUCUUGUUUGUGUCAGACCACCAUGAAGUGGACGAUUUUAGGGGUCAUGGGGGUUCUAGAACUCAUUCUGCUGUCUCUUCUCCUGCUGUCCUGGGAAAACAAACUUCUUCAGGUUGGAGGAGUCAGAUCAGUCACACUCCCGGAGUCCCUCCUGUUUGUCUCCACCCUAGACGGCAGUCUGCAUGCCAUCUCCAAGCAGACGGGAGACAUCAAGUGGACUUUAAGAGAAGACCCUGUUAUUCAAGUGCCUAACUACCUUGAAGAGCCUGGUUUUCUCCCAGAUCCUAACGAUGGCAGUUUGUACGUCCUUGGUGGAAAAUAUAAGGAGGGCUUGAUGAAACUGCCUUUUACCAUCCCAGAGCUGGUUCAAUCCUCCCCCUGCAGAAGCUCUGAUGGCAUGCUCUACACAGGAAAAAAACAUGACGUGUGGUUUGUAGUGGAUCCUGAAACGGGCGAAAAGCAAACAAGUUUAACCACCUCCUCCUCUGAGUCCAUCUGUCCCAACACUCCUUUGCUCUACAUUGGACGCACCGAGUAUAUGGUUACCAUGUUUGAUACUAAGAUACAAGAGCUUCGAUGGAACGCUACGUACAACGAUUACUCUGCUCAUCCUUAUGAUGAGAAGCAAAGCUACAAAAUGGCUCAUCUGGUGUCUAGUGGUGAUGGUCUGGUGGUGACCGUUGACCGGGAAUCAGGCGAUGUCCUGUGGACUCAAAACUACGGUUCACCUGUUGUAGGGGUAUACCUCUACUAUGAAGAGUCACUGAGACACGCCCCUCACCUCUCGCUUGCCAUGGAGACGCUGCGCUUUCUCACCUUCUCCUCUGCUAAAGACCAGACAGAAGCACACUCUACGUUAAAAUGGAGCUACCAGUUUGUGACAGAGCAAGCCAGAACACAAACCCAACUAAUACCCACUCUCUAUGUUGGAAAACUUGACUCCCACCUUUAUGCUUCAGCUUCACUUGUUCAUCGUGGAGUGUCAUUAGUGCCUCGGGGACUGACACUGGCUCGGAUCGAGGGACCAAUGACCACGGAGGUGACGGUCAGUCAGAGAGGGGAAAGUGAGAUCACUCCUUUCACUAACGUCCAAUAUCCACCAGGGAGCACAAACAGCCAGAAGAACCACUGGCUGCUAAUAGGGCACCAUGAGGUCCCUCCAUUAGCCCACACCACCAUGCUGAGGGAUUUUCCUGCCAAUCUGCAGCAUUCUGGUGAGCCAGUCAUCCCACCUCGAACCUCUGCCUUUCCCUUCUCCUCUGCUUCCUUCUACCACCAGCGCUAUUUUCAAGCUGUCUCUGGCAGCCACAGUGACCAGAACACCAAGAAGGAAAGGGUCAGUGAGGAGACCACUGGGCAGAUCCAGGACCGUCUGACGCUGGCUGUUCUGACCAUUCUGGUUGGAGGAUGGCUCUCCUUUGUGAUCACUUUUCCUCUUGUGAGUUCAUCUGUGAAGCGUAAAGCCCAGCAGCUGAAAGCUCAAAGGCAGCUGGAGGAGGUCUUGCAGUCUCGCCUGCAGCAAAUGCAGACCAGCAUGGAGACAAAUAUUCAACCAGUCACUUUGGUUUCUGCAGACAGGAAUAUGUCCACUGAGCUAACCAUCACAAGUGAUUUUCCAACUGCAUCAAAUAAUAAUUCAUCUAAUAUUCAGCAUCACAACAGAAAAACAUCAGAGUCAGAUAAAAAUGACUCGGUUGAUCAAAAACCUUCAACUGAAGAAAUUGACAAUGAAGUGCUGGUAGGAAAAAUCUCCUUUACACCAACGGAUGUACUCGGACAUGGAACAGCUGGAACCUUUGUCUUUAGGGGCAGGUUCGACGGACGGCACAUUGCUGUGAAGAGAAUCCUGCCUGAGUGUUUUGAGGUAGCCGAACGAGAAGUGCAGCUUCUCCGAGAAUCAGACAUGCACCCCAACGUCAUCCGAUACUUCUGCACAGAGAGAGACCGCCUCUUCACCUACAUUGCCAUUGAGCUAUGUGCUGUGACUCUGCAGCAGUAUGUGGAGGAUUCCUCUUGCUUUCCUGAGCUGGAUAAUAUAACUCUUCUGGAGCAAACCAUGUGUGGCCUGUCUCAUCUGCAUUCACUCAAUAUAGUCCAUCGUGACCUCAAGCCCAGAAACAUUCUCCUCUCUGGGCCAAAUGCUCUGGGUGAAGUCCGAGCACUCAUCUCAGACUUUGGACUGUGUAAAAAGAUCCCAGACGGUCGGAGCAGUUUUUCACUGCGCUCUGGAAUACCAGGAACUGAAGGCUGGAUAGCUCCGGAAGUGCUGCGAGAGACGCCUGGAAACAAGCCUACAUCAGCGGUGGAUGUGUUCUCAGCAGGCUGUGUGUUCUACUAUGUAGUCAGCAGAGGGCAGCAUCCUUUUGGCGAAGCUCUGAGACGGCAGGUCAACAUCCUUUCAGGAGAGUACUCACUCUCACACUUCAUGGAUGACAUUCAUGAUGAUGUCAUAGCAAAGGACCUGAUUGAGCAAAUGAUUAGCGCUGACGCAGAGUCCCGGCCCUCUACCGCCUGUGUGCUCAAACAUCCGUUUUUCUGGAGCCCUGAGAAGCAGCUGCUCUUUUUCCAGGACGUCAGCGACCGCAUAGAGAAGGAACCAGCGGAGAGUCCGAUUGUGGUCAGACUGGAGACUGCAGGCAGAGCAGUGGUCCGAACCAACUGGAGGAUGCACAUCUCUGUCCCUCUGCAGACAGAUUUGAGGCGGUUCAGGACAUACAAAGGAAACUCGGUGAGAGAUCUGCUCAGAGCCAUGAGGAACAAGGAUCAUGUUUUGUUUUCAAAAUGUCACAGAAGCAUCACUACCAUGAGCUGCCGCCAGAGGUCCAGGACACCCUUGGGGAACUUCCAGAAGGCUUUGUCGGCUACUUCACUUCCCGGUUUCCUCGGUUACUGAUGCACACACAUGCCGCCCUGCAAAUCUGCAUCCAUGAGAGGCUCUUUCACCCUUACUAUCUGCCACCCAAAGCCAAAUAGCUUUCACAUGACUCAGGCCUCCAUGUUUUAUGCACAGAAAGAAAAAGAGCCUUUUACAGUUCCCCAUUAUUGCUUUUGUAAAGCCUACACUGUUUCAGGGGGAGGUUACAGUGCUGUGAAGAAGUUUUUAUAUACCUUUGGAAGUUUUAUAAAGUAUCUUUAAUGGUUUUUAUUAGACCUUUUCUUUACAAAGGCUUUAAAUGAUUUAAUAAACACCCUUUUUUAAAAUGAGGAAAAAUGCUUCUGAGAACUAAAACACUAAAUAAAUAGGAAUAACAUUAUUAUCAAGCCCUGGUAAAGGAGUGUAAAAAACUCUAAAAGUCCACUAUUAUGCAAAAUUCACUUUUUGCCUGUUUCUCUUCUAUGGGGGAUUUUUUCUGCCAUAAUCCAAGAGCACACAUGUUCAGUCUGAAAGCAGGAUUUCAUGUCUUUUGUUCUCAAAACUUUUAA